GCAGGAGCUUGCUCAGCUAAUGAAUUCUAGUGGAUCUCACAAAGAUCAGGCUGGCAAUCUAGCGGUUAUGGUACUGGACUGGUAAUCAGAAGGUCGCUAGUUCAAGCCCCACCACUGCCAGGUUGCUGCUGUUGGACCCUUGAGCAAGGCCCUUAACCCUCAAUUGCUCAGUCUGUAUACUGUCACACUACUGUACCGCCAGAUAUUGGAGAAAGCUCUUCAGUUUACAGAAUCUGAUCAACAUGAGGCAUUAAAAGCAUUUGUGGAAGCUAUGGUCAAUGAGAAUGUGAGUCUGGUAGUGUCCAGGCAGCUCCUGACUGACUUUUGCAAUCACCUCACAAACUUAGCAGAUAGCACAGCUAAAGCCGUCUGCCACUUUACCCUCGAGAAGAUUCAGCCGAGAGUCAUCUCCUUUGAAGAGCAGGUGGCUUCAAUACGACAGCAUCUAGCUACUAUAUAUGAAAAGGAAGAGGACUGGAGAAAUGCUGCCCAGGUCUUAGUGGGUAUUCCAUUAGAGACUGGACAAAAACAGUACAACGUUGAUUACAAACUGGACACCUACCUGAAGAUUGCACGCCUUUACCUGGAGGAUGAUGAUCCUGUUCAGGCUGAGGCCUACAUAAACCGAGCCUCCUUACUCCAGAAUGAGUCCACAAACGAACAGCUGCAGAUCCACUACAAGGUCUGCUACGCCAGAGUGCUAGACUACAGGAGGAAGUUUAUUGAAGCAGCCCAGCGCUACAAUGAGCUUUCAUAUAAAUCCAUUGUUCACGAGAGUGAGCGUCUUGAGGCCUUAAAACACGCCCUUCACUGCACUAUCCUGGCCUCGGCAGGGCAACAACGCUCACGCAUGCUGGCUACACUGUUCAAAGAUGAGCGAUGCCAGCAGCUGGCAGCCUACGGCAUUCUUGAAAAGAUGUAUUUGGAUCGCAUCAUUCGGGGAAACCAACUUCAGGAGUUUGCCGCCAUGUUGAUGCCCCACCAGAAAGCCACCACAGCAGAUGGUUCUAGCAUCUUAGAUCGAGCCGUCAUCGAGCACAAUCUCCUCUCUGCUAGCAAACUCUACAACAACAUCACAUUUGAAGAGUUAGGUGCAUUAUUAGAGAUCCCACCUGCAAAGGCAGAAAAGAUCGCCUCCCAAAUGAUUACAGAGGGCCGCAUGAACGGCUUUAUUGACCAAAUAGAUAGCAUUGUUCAUUUUGAGACGCGAGAGCCUCUACCGACCUGGGACAAGCAGAUCCAGUCCCUCUGCUUCCAAGUGAACAAUCUUUUGGAGAAGAUCAGUCAGGCAGCACCAGCAUGGACUGCACAAGCUAUGGAAGCCCAGAUGUCCCAAUAAACUUUGCUCUUUACUUUAACUGGUUACACUUCAUUUAUGUAAACAUUUACAGAGGCACUCUUGAAGGAUGUAUUAUCAAAUAGCCAACAUUAAACAAGCUGUUUCAUUUUUCUGUAAAAUACCCAGUAACUUUUGGGUUUUGAGAUGUCAUGUUGACAUGAGUAAGGCAUGUAACGUGAUUUAAUGUCUUAAUAAACUUUGUUUAAAUGUGUAUGUUA